GAGCCUUUAGCCACCAUGAUAAAACCACCUUGACUGUGUGUGAUAUAUUCGUAAUAUGGUGAAAAAACAAGGGUAGUUAUUUAGUGCAACAGACUUAAAAAAGUAACAAAAGGGUAGUUACGCGUCUCCUUUUGGGUAGAUCCAGCAAGCAAGCACCUUCAACAACUAUAUAAACAUACACAUGUGCCCGCUUUCUUCCAUUCACCUUACACAUUACUUUGCAAUCUACAAUCAACCGAUCUAACAGGAACACACAGAAAUGGUGAAGAUCUGCUGCAUUGGAGCCGGAUAUGUCGGCGGGCCCACUAUGGCUGUCAUAGCACUCAAAUGCCCCGACAUUGAAGUGGCUGUAGUCGAUAUUUCUGUCCCUCGUAUCACUGCUUGGAACAGCGACCAGCUCCCGAUCUACGAACCAGGCCUCGAUGAUGUCGUGAAGCAAUGCAGAGGCAAAAACCUCUUUUUCAGCACCGAUGUGGAGAAACACGUCUGUGAAGCCGACAUAGUGUUUGUGUCGGUCAACACCCCCACCAAGACUCGAGGUCUUGGCGCUGGCAAAGCCGCAGAUCUGACAUACUGGGAAAGCGCUGCCCGUAUGAUCGCUGACGUGUCGAAAUCAGACAAAAUCGUAGUUGAAAAGUCAACCGUCCCUGUGAAAACAGCUGAAGCAAUUGAAAAGAUUUUGACCCAUAACAGUAAAGGAAUCAACUUCCAGAUUCUCUCGAACCCUGAAUUCCUUGCUGAAGGAACUGCUAUUGAAGAUCUGUUUAAACCCGAUAGGGUUCUUAUCGGUGGACGGGAAACCCCAGGCGGCCAGAAAGCAAUUCAAGCAUUGAAAGAUGUUUACGCUCAUUGGGUCCCGGAAGAAAACAUCAUCACAACCAACUUAUGGUCUGCCGAACUCUCGAAGCUCGCUGCCAAUGCCUUCUUGGCACAAAGAAUCUCGUCUGUUAACGCCAUGUCAGCACUCUGUGAGGCUACAGGCGCAAACGUAAGUCAGGUGGCUUACGCUGUUGGAAAAGACACAAGAAUUGGUCCAAAGUUCUUGAACGCGAGUGUGGGAUUCGGUGGUUCUUGUUUUCAAAAAGACAUCUUGAAUUUGGUUUACAUCUGUGAAUGCAACGGUCUCCCUGAAGUGGCGGAAUAUUGGAAACAAGUCAUCAAGAUCAACGACUACCAAAAAUCCCGAUUUGUCAACCGUGUUGUAGCUUCUAUGUUCAACACGGUUUCCAACAAGAAAAUCGCGAUUCUUGGAUUUGCAUUCAAGAAGGACACCGGUGACACUCGUGAAACACCAGCCAUUGAUGUUUGCAAGGGGUUGUUGGGUGACAAGGCUUGUGUGAGCAUCUAUGACCCGCAAGUCACUGAAGAUCAGAUCCAACGAGACUUAACCUUGAACAAGUUCGACUGGGACCAUCCACUUCACCUGCAGCCCAUGAGCCCAACCACGGUGAAACAAGUGUCCGUUGUUUGGGAUGCUUAUGCAGCCACUAAAGACGCACACGCUGUUUGCAUUUUGACCGAGUGGGAUGAGUUUAAAAGUCUAGACUACAAAAGGAUAUAUGAUAACAUGCAGAAACCGGCUUUUGUUUUUGACGGAAGAAACGUUGUGGACACUGAGAAGUUAAGGGAGAUCGGGUUCAUUGUUUACUCGAUCGGUAAGCCACUGGACGCCUGGCUCAAGGAUAUGCCUGCUAUUGCCUAAACAUAUGGGAACUAGUCAGUUGAAUUCUUUACUAGUUACUAAUUUUCUUUACCUGAGAUUUUGUUCUUUGGUAGUUAAAAAAUGUGUGUGUGAUAUGUGUUUAAAAACUUUAUGUUUACUUUUACUUUACAAUAUGUAACAGUUGAUAAUAUUGAAUUCUUGUGUUUACUAUAACAUAAUUAAAAGUCAUUUUCAAUUUCUCA